AUGGCCACGAUCUUUUCCACGGCACCUUUAGCAAACGUCUCGGAUUUGGACUUGUCACCGAAAUGCGAGCAAAUGGCCAUGUAUUUUCUGUUCGAGUUGAAAGGCAACUCGUUGGUUCUCACUCUUGUGUUUCUGAGGUCGUCCAUGCCGAAAGACGACAAAGACUCAAUAAUUGCAAUAUCUGUUGGGUUUCCCAAGAACUUCUCCUUCUCGACCGAGAACCUGGCGUUGUUACACAGGUUUCCGGACUCCAGCAUGUACUUGACGUCCUUGUCGACGUUGUCCGGCAGGUGCUUGUUGCCGUCCACGGCCAGAUGGCUCGUUUUCAUGUCGACGGUCCAGGCCUUGCUGACGGUCAUGUGGUUCUGGGUGAGCGUUCCUGUUUUGUCUGAGCAAAUCACGUUGACAGAGCCCAGUGUCUCAACACUAGGCAAUUUCUUGACAAUGGCACGCUGUUUGGCCAUUCUCAAAACACCCAGUGCGAGCGUCACUGCCACGAUAAUCGGCAAUCCCUCGGGAAUAGCAGCAACGGCUAAACAAACACUGAUCUGGAACAUGUCGAGCCACGAGCGGCCCUCAAUCACACCAAUCAGUCCAAUCACACCAAUCACAGCAAAACUGAAGAAAGAAAGCUGCUGGCCAAGCUUGCCCAUGGCGUUCUGCAACGGAGUCUUUGGCUUCUCAAUCGAAGACAGCAUGGAAAACACGCUGCCGAGCGCGGUCUUGUGGCCGGUGGCAAUCACAAUACCCGCCCCGUGGCCGUCCCGCACAAGCGUUCCCAUAAACGCAAUAUUGGAUCUCUCUCCAAUGCUUGGCAUAGGCUUGGACACCACGUCCAGACUCUUUGACACAGGCUUGGUUUCACCAGUAAGAUUGCUCUCGUCGAUGGUCAGGUGA